AUGGAGAGAGCCAGUCUGAUCCAGAAGGCCAAGUUAGCCGAGCAGGCCGAACGCUAUGAAGACAUGGCAGCUUUCAUGAAGAGCGCUGUGGAAAAGGGCGAGGAGCUAUCCUGCGAAGAGCGCAACCUGCUUUCAGUGGCCUACAAGAACGUGGUGGGUGGCCAGCGGGCGGCGUGGAGGGUCCUGUCCAGUAUCGAGCAAAAGAGCAAUGAAGAAAGCUCGGAAGAGAAGGGCCCGGAGGUGCAAGAGUACCGAGAGAAGGUGGAGACGGAGCUCCGGGGCGUGUGCGACACAGUGCUGGGCUUGCUGGACACCCACCUCAUCAAGGAGGCCGGUGACGCCGAAAGUCGGGUCUUCUACCUGAAAAUGAAGGGCGACUACUACCGCUACCUGGCCGAAGUGGCCACUGGCGACGACAAGAAGCGCAUCAUCGACUCAGCCCGGUCGGCCUACCAGGAGGCCAUGGACAUCAGCAAGAAGGAGAUGCCGCCCACCAACCCCAUCCGCCUGGGCCUGGCCCUGAACUUUUCCGUCUUCCACUAUGAGAUCGCCAACAGCCCCGAGGAGGCCAUCUCUCUGGCCAAGACCACCUUCGACGAGGCCAUGGCCGACCUGCACACCCUCAGCGAGGACUCCUACAAAGACAGCACCCUCAUCAUGCAGCUGUUGCGAGACAACCUGACGCUGUGGACGGCCGACAACGCCGGGGAAGAAGGGGGCGAGGCUCCCGAGGAGCCCCAGAGCUGA